AUGGCCGAUGAUGAUAUCAAGUAUGAAGAGGAAUUUGUUUUGAAUGCACGAGGAAUGAAUCUAUUUACAUGUCAAUGGAGACCUUCAACCAUUGAACCAAAAGCCCUCAUCUUUCUGUGCCAUGGAUACGCCAUGGAAUGCAGCAUUUCGAUGAGAGGCACAGGUACUAGGUUGGCGCAAGCUGGAUUUGCAGUGCAUGGAAUGGAUUAUGAAGGCCAUGGGAAGUCUUCUGGACUUCAAGGCUAUAUUACGAGUUUCAAUGACAUUGUAGUUGAUUGCUCUAAGUACUUUGCAAGUGUUUGUGAGAAAUUGGAGUACAAGAACCGAAGGAAAUUCUUGCUUGGAGAAUCCAUGGGGGGAGCUAUUGUGCUUAUGCUUCAUAGGAAAGAACCUACUUAUUGGGAUGGAGCCAUUUUAGUCGCUCCAAUGUGCAAGAUUGUCGAAGAUAUGAAGCCUCAUCCCAUCGUGAUUUCAAUUUUAAGUAAGCUCAGUAAUGUGAUCCCUACAUGGAGGAUCAUCCCUAAUGAAGAUAUCAUUGAUAGGGCGAUUAAAAGUGAAGAAUGGCGUGAAGAGGUAAGAAAUAAUCAUUAUUGCUAUAAGGGAAAGCCAAGGCUAAAGACCGGCUAUGAACUUUUUAUGGCAAGCUUGGAUAUUGAAAGCAAUCUUGACAAGGUUACUCUACCAUUCAUCAUAGUCCAUGGUGGUGAUGAUGCUGUGACUGACCCAUCUGUAAGCGAAGCACUAUAUACAUUAGCUGAGAGCAAGGAUAAGACAUUAAAGCUGUACCCAGGGAUGUGCCAUGCUUUGACUUCUGGUGAGCCCAAGGAGAACAUUGAUAUUGUGUUUUCAGACAUCAUCAAAUGGCUAAAUGAGAGGGCGGCAUCAACUUCGUAA